UUCAAAUAGAUGAACGGCCAAUUUUGUCUGCUUCAAGUAACAACAUAACCGCAUUAUCUGUAUUAUCAGAUACGUUUUUUCUAUACUACUUAGCUAUGGUUUUCUUUUGCCUGUUUUUGAAAUUUCGAAUCUCAUCUAGUUAAAUGCACUCUCGAACGCGCACUGGAGCUGCCGUGGCUGUAGGUGUGGGCCAAGUAAGAUUUGUGUGAGUAGUGGGUGAAUUCAGCUGGCGUAAACAUAAACUCUAGCUCGGUUCAACAGGCAACGUUUGCGUUUGUAGCAGCUUAACGCUAGAAGUUGUCGAGAUGCAAGCAUCGUUCCGAACCGAAUCGAGUUCGAAAUAGACAAAACCGCUUUACUGACAACAAACACACAUGAGCACUUACUAAUCGCUAUAGGUGAAAAAAAUUUUUGAAUUGUAUCAUCUUUAUUUAAAAAAAGUGAGAUCCUUGACGGGCUUUUGUUGAAGUAACGACCCUUAAGCGUUUCCGAGCUUUUUCGUGACCAACUGGCUAUUUAUUAGUCUAUAUAUAUACUGUAUAUUUAAAACUGCAACUGAUUCGUGUUAAAAGUCAGGUUCUUUCUAUUUCUCCCUCGUCUUAGAUAUGCCCAGUACUACAAGGAGUGGUCUAAAUAACGUUUUGAAACACGUACUGAGAACUUACCAGGCACUGUAAUCAUUCAUUAGUAACGCUUUAUGUAAGGAUCUCAUUAUUUAAUAUCGGAUUUUUAAUACGGUGUAGAACUACAAUUGCGCACGUAUUUGAACAGAACAUUGUCGCGUAACAAGUUGUCUGGUAGUCUCGCACUCCUCCCUUUCCUUCCGAUCUCGCCUACCCUUUGUGAACGUGUGAAAAGAUUAUCCAGUACUUUACUCUAAUGCGGAAAAUUCGCCAGAGAGCGGUAAAUCAUCGAGUCUUGUGAACGGCGCCAGUUAACUAUGGACACUUAUCUAUAGAUUCGUACUGUAUGUGUUAUCCUAGUGUCGUGUAGCAAAGACUACACUAGAAAUUGUGCAUCGCUGAUGACAGGUCGGCCCUGUCUGUAAAAGAUAAUAUGUGCUGUGCUUUUAUCUUUAGAUGGGGUAAUUCCAGAAGCCAUUAAAACAAAUUGUCACCAACUAAUCCGCUGCAGUUGCUUCGUCGCCCCUCUUACGGCAAGAAAGCAAUCCCGCAGUUGCCGAGCGAGUUAUUUGAGCGACAGUAGCGUUUGUGAGCAAGAAGGUAAAAUAUUUUAGGGAGUUUAUGUGGCAACCUAAAUCAGACAAAUUAGGUUUGGCAACUUAACUGGCUGGAGUAGCUACCACAUAGUGCUUUGAAACACCGAGCUACAAGGAGGUGGCAAUUUCUGCGAAAUCUGGCGUUGCUCUGCGUGAUAUAUGGAUGUCUUGGUCUACCGCUUUUUGUUCUCGGCUGUUUCCAAUAGGCGAGAAGCUGUUUGAAAAAUAUGCCUAAGUGAUGCUUGGUCAGCCAUACGGUUUAGAUAUCUAGAUAGCGGUGCGUUAUAGGCGACGACAGAUCGAUUCUCACAGAGUGUGCACUUUGAACGCGGCGAAAGGCAUUUGACCGAAGGAAGAUCACUAUAUAUGUGCCGUUGAACGAAGUGCACGCGCACGUAUAUAGUUGUCACGGUGGUAUAGUUACUAUCAACAGUGUGAGGUCCUUUGUUACCACAACGACGUUAAGAAGUACAGUUUUUCCAGUGGAGUUAUUCUAUUAGUUUAUAACGAAAAAAAAAGAAGCAUCACAACGCGCCGAGUCAGGAAGUCUGAAUACGAAUUCAGUGUCGUGGGAAUAUAAAAUUCAGUCCUGACUGCACGCUGCAGGGGAUGGUCAUAGAAUCUGUAUAUGCUAAAGGAAACGGUAGGACAGCAACCUUAUGGUGUUAAGGAAGAUUGGAACAACAUCCGGUCAGGAGCGGGGCGCCCAUACUUCUCCCGCGUGACUCCCAGCUCAAACAACACAACUACAAAAGAAUUACGAUGGGGAAGGGACACGUUAUUUCGACGGCCAUAGGGGUAGUCCUACUAACCUUAGUCGGUUUAUCGUGUGCUGAUGAACACGCCAGAAGCAAUAAUGGUAUAGUAAACGAAACCGUGACUAAGGACCCGAUCUUAACGGCCCUCUCACAGAUAUCGGAUGAAAAUAGGGUUAGUAUCAGACAAAUCAACGUCCUUACAUUUAAAGCCGGUCGUCUGGCCGUCAGAAUGAGAACUAUGCCGCCGGCCCAGCUCACUUGCUUAUCCGGUUGCAUCGGCGAGCUACCUUCAUCAGUACAAUGCAAGAACGAGGGCUGGGAUGGCACCAGCGUGAACUGGCGUUGUGAGGCAAACCUUCAGCGUGGUCGAAGGUUGGAGAAUACUCAAGUGCGCUGUGAGGCCUAUCCAGAUGGCGAUAAGGAAUACAUAUUAAAAGGAAGUUGCGCUCUUAGUUAUUCACUUGGAGGACAUGCAGGGUCUGCAUCGUCGAAUCCGUCUGUUCGUCAUCCGAGCAGCGACAGUCCGCGAAACAAGCCACUCCAAUACAUCGUUCCACUAAUUAUGGUCGCUAUUCUAGUCGUUAUCCUCUGCGCCGUAUUUAAGACUUGUAUGCGCAAGAGAGAUUCUGCGGGAACUAUUAUGGGACCACCUCCGGAACAGCCGAUUGGCGGAGGAGGUUUUUAUGGAGGAGGGGGCGCCUAUCCCACUCAACCUGGGUUCAACCCCGGAUUCGCUCAUCCAGGUAUGGAACCUCGCCUUUAUCAGGGCUAUUCCCCAGGUUAUGCACCGCCGGUUGUCGCGCCUCAGCCGAGCGGAGGGUCUGGCAGUGCUCUUGGUGCUGGUCUUGGCGGUUUUGCCGCCGGGGCGGCCACAGGUGGUCUACUUGGCUAUAUGAUGGGCAAUCGCGGUAGCGAUCAUCAUCAUAGUUACAGCGAUGGUGGCCAUUACGGAGCCUACGGGGGCGAAGUUCGAAAUGAUGACUACGGCGGUGAUGGCGGAGGAGGCGGAUACGAAAUGAGCACCGACUUCGCUGAUACUGCGAUGGAAUAAAGGAACAACAAUAGUACACGUCUCAGUGAAAGCACGCCUGCUUAAAAUGAAAUCAGAACAACAGUAGUUAUAACAACAUUUAUUGAAACUGAGUCUGAUGAUGUUUUACUACAUCCAGUCAUCCAACAGUUCUGUGUUAAAAAAAUAAGUGAAAAAUCAUUCGCAAAAUUAUUGUUAAGUCGGAAAGAAAAACAGAGCAGCUGAUUUCCAUAUGUACGAUGCAAAUAGAAAAGACAUCGGACCAAUUAUAGCAACAGAAAUUGAGAAUAGGCCACAUCAGCAAUAGCAAUAAUAAUAAUAACAAAAAGUAUAAUAAUAUCAAAAAAGCAUGAAAGUAAAGGUCGCUAACGGAGAAAGUAGUUUUUCAGCUGAAACUAAUUAUUUUGUUAACAUAUAUGGUUGAUUAUUAAACACACCCUUUAAACUAUGAUUUCCAAUUUACGGCGCAUAUUGGCUAGUUUCUAUACCAUUUAUUAGACUAACGAUCAACACAGAGUAACAUAGCCUUUGAGGCUCUAAUUUUAUAUAGAGGGUUAACCCUUGCAAUCAGAACUCAUACAUUUGAUAAUAUGUUAUUCUGAAGAAGCUCUUCAGUGCAGAAAGUAUGAGCUACAUUUACUCAAAAAACCACAUAAUACUACUAUUCCGGACUAAGUUGGUUACUUCGGGCUCGAAAAUAAUAAUCUAUUAGCUAAAAAAAAUUUAAAAAAAAAAGCUAGUUUUUGCCGUACAUCGCCAUCACCGUUGGAUAAAUGUGAUGUUUCCGCUGCGACGAACAAUUAAUUUAGGAAGUUUCGGAAGGCCAGUUUGAUACAAUUUUUGCAACAGUACUAGGCAGCCUCUGAAUUGUCUUUUGUAGGGAAUAAAUGCCGAUAAAAUCAUUCAGGGUGACUUUAGUUCACCUUAUCAAUUCAAUCAUAUAGAGCGAGCACUGAUUGGACAAUAAUGUCAGCAGAUCUCUUUAGAACUUCCUAGCGUUUCGAUGUUCAUAAAUAUUGUAUUUCAAUCUGGUGUCUAUAUAUUAUGUGUCUGUGCAAUAAGAUUUCCAGUCGGUCAUAGUGAAAUAGUCACCAGUAUAAAAUGCAUGUAAAAAUAGCAUUACAAACAGAACACUGCGCUCCCUUAUUUUGAUGCUUAUAAUAUACGCUGUUCACGGUUCACUGUCUUCUCUAUUCACACACAUGUUGUGGCGUUGAAGAACUUAGACGCUACACGUGUAGAUCUUAUGAAGUUACGUAAUUUUUUACAAAGCGAUCAAAACAAACGGAUUUCUUUAGCUGAUGUGCAGCUUGGUCAGAAAAAAAACAAUUAAAAAAAACACUGGAUCUGACUACAACUGACUCUAAAAGACAGAUGUUUGCAGACAGUAAGUUACGAAGGUACAGUGAAUCAUUGGCCAUUUGUCAAAGAGAGUACGAUCACGAAUUGGCGUUCUUACAUACCUGCUACACGUCUCUUGAGUUUACGUCAGUUUCAGUUCGCUCCACAGACUUCUGAUGAUACGAACGUUCAGGAUUCUACCUUAAAAACACGCACCACACUGGGCUGCAUGGUGCAUCCAAUAAGGCUACAGAAAUUUAAUUAUAAGAGAAAAUUCUUGUCAGGUUCUCUUUGAAUUUAAUGGACAGAAGACUCAAACUUCAAGUAGCAAAAACAGAUCUGGCACUAAUAAUUUUAUAUUAUUCUUCAUGUCGAACAUGCAUUCAACAACUGGGAAAGAAUACUGGACCAUCAAUUCUGACAAGUUGGCAUUUUUCGUGUGGGAUCAUGAUUUAACAACAUCAAUAGUGUUGUUGAAGCAACAUUUUCGAUGUUUACAGCUUUAUUGCAUAUAGCCCGCUUAAUUGUCACUAUCAGCAAACAAAAGCGAGAUUUUCGAAUAAACGUUCUAUAUAUAUAUACAUAUAUAUGCAUAUAGGUUAUUCCCAUGCAGAUGAGUUGCAUUCUCUAGGUGCGAGCGAGAAGAAUCGGCAGCUCUGGGGUGUGCAUGAUGUUUGAUUUAAAGAUGUCUGAAAAUUCUGUGUAGUGCUUGAGUAGUGGUAACAGUUAACUUGUCUAUAUUGAGAGGGUAUGCCGCAAUAGGCCUUAAACAAGCGCAUGUUCGUAUUCGGAUUUGCGGCACUCUGAAAAGAUCAGUAUAGAUAAAAAAAAUUUUGCUGCACGGAAAAAGUUUCAAUCAAUGUAGUCACCAUGAAACUUUUUCAUCAGAAACGUGAGGCUAUCAUUACAUUGGGAGCGAAUGGGACGGUUAUAUCAGCGCAGAGGUGUGAAUAACCGUAAACAGUUACCACGCAAGAAUAUAGCUUUAUUCUACUAUGUUAGGUCGUCCAAGUUGGAACGUUUCCAUAAUGUGAUUGCAAUCCCGCGAAGGGAUUUUUCAGGACUGAUAUUUUCAGUCGAUAGAUGAACGUUGGCGAAAUGCCACAGAACUGUGUCUUUCCCACGUUAUUAGUUAUACAAUUUAAUAGAGACGAAUAGAUUUGAUAGACAGAAUGAUUGUUAGCUUUCAAAGUGAAGAAAUAUCUUUAAAAAUAAUUUUGAUUUCUUUUUAUGCCCAUUACGUAUAUAGUGAUUGUUGUAUAUAACAUACAACGGGUUUACUAUAUUAAACAUAAGCAGAUAUCUUGGAAUUAAUAGUAUUUAAUCAAUCAAUAAGCGUAGUUGAAACUAGGUUUCUAGUCAACAGAUGAUUGUGCCUUCAUUUCAUCUCAACUUUUAACAAUCAAUAUGAUAUCAUCUUGACAGACAGAAGUCUCAGACAGUUGCAACUUAUUUCUAUGUAAGUAUCACUGAGGAUCUUUUACACUAUUGCAAAGCAACAUACACGUAAGCAGCUCAGUGAUCUGCACGAGCUGCACUUGAAUGCACCCUAAAUAUAAGCAUACGGAAUGCAUAUAUAUAUACACAUGAAGAAAGGAGCUAAAGUUACUUUUCGAACAAAGAUCUAAUUUUAUGUAACGACUUGUAACUUGAUGUUAAGGGAGAUAUAGAAUAAAUUGCUACCUCUGCACGGAAGGAACAAUGCAUAGUAUUUCAGCAGUGUACUUCCUUUUGACAGGGAAGAGGGAAAGGUGACAGACGCGUAACUAAGAAACGUGUUCGAUCAUAUUGAAGAUGGUGCACUCGGUACUUUUUUUUUACGUCACAUAUAUUUAUUUCGGUGGAAUAGGUACAAUAAAUAAUAAACUAUAUUAAGUAUUGAAAUAGAUCUGCGUGGCAUAAAAAUUCUAUUCGGAUUUGAAGCACUUGCGGACAGCCCGGCUGUUGCUAAAAAGCGAGUAUUAAAUGAGGGAACUUCGUUGCAUAAUUGCAGGCCGAAACACUCAACAGUGACUCAAUUAGCAGCAGUAUUCAACUUAUGAAACAAGGCUUAGAAAUUGUUUUCCACUCGAUUCGUGUAACGCUGAUUUAGACGGUCACAGACAGAAAUUGGCAACGUAAUCUUAAAAUCCCUGUGCUUAAAUAUUUUCUUGGAUUUUUCCUUUUCUUUUGAGAUUGAAUAAUAGUAAACAAUAUGUGGGCGUUUCCAAUAGCUAAUUGUUUUAAUUUACGUUUGUACUAUCACUCGAUAGUGGUGACGAAAGGCGUUAAAGAGAUCCAUUAAAAUUUCUGUUUCUGAUUCCCUUAAAGUCACGCACGAUCGUGAGAACUAGCGGCAUGACGGAAAUACAUCAUCAGUUCUUUCUAUGUUAGUUGGAAUAACAAAGCAUGGAAAUGAGCAGUUUAACAGCACAAAGUACUAAUGAGCACCUUCUUCAAGACAUCCCAAUAUUGCUUUGUAUACUCUGUAGUAAUGACCAAUGGCAUACCCUUUAAACUGGAAGCAUUUUUUCUCUAAUAAAUUUUCCUAUUUUA